UAAAAUCUUGACGUUUCCAGUUUUUGUUGUUGCUGUUACUUGUGAUUGAAGUAUUUACCCUUUGUGUCAAAUAAAAAACGAAAUGUCGUCGCCACAACACACGCCCCAAGUCAAAAAACACAAAAAGCACAAAUCGGACAAGAAAGACCGCCACGAAUCAACCGGCGGAUUGAAACUGAUCCUGAAAGUGGGCAGCCAAAACACCCCGGAACAUAUGACCGAAUUCCCGAUGGACGACGACUUGCAAGUGGACCCGAACGAUCCCUAUUCGAUAUCUCGCCACCACAAAAAGUCCAAGAAAAAGAAAAAGAAAAAGGACAAGAACAAGGACAGGGAGAAACGGCACAGGCACAAGGAGAAGAAACGGAAACGGGAGGAGUUCGAAGGUGAGAUCAGUGUCGGAACUAGUACGGACGAUUUGCCGGCCAAUCAGUACGCCCAACCUCUAAGCCCCAGCAGAGACAGAGAGCUGAGGACGUGCGUCAUUAAGAAGAUUCAAGAGAGGACUCCACUGUCGAAAGGUCUGGAACAUUUACUUGGUCUGCUGGAGAAAAAGGACCCGCAACAGUUUUUUGCCUGGCCCGUCACCGACAACAUUGCACCUGGUUACUCAACCAUAAUCACCCAACCAAUGGAUUUCAGCACAAUGCGACAAAAAGUGGAGGAGAAUGAAUAUCACACCCUCAAUGAGUUCAUUGAGGACUUCAAGCUCAUGUGCACAAAUGCCAUGAAGUACAACCAAGUUGAUACUAUCUACUAUAAGGCAAGUAAAAAGCUGUUACAUCAUGGUUUGAAAAUGAUGGUGCCAGAGAAGUUAGGGUGGAUGCUAAACUUAAUUCCGGAGAUAACGAGUCAGGAUGUCGGCUUCGAAAUAACGCCGGAGUUGAGGCAGAUAAGGCCACAGGAUGAGCACGACGAGGAUCAGUUCGGGGAGGUGAAACGAAGGAUGCCGGCCAGCAAAUUCGAAGCUAUUCAAGAUGACUUGACGGCCGAAGAAAUCCUGGUCAAGAGUCAAAUCGCCGCCAGAGAAGCCAAGGCUAAAUUAAUGCAAAGUAAUAAGGGAGCUCCUGGCAUGGGAUUCCUGAAGCAGAAGAAAGAUGGUACCACCCAUUUAAAUAUUCUGAUUGGGGGCGACGGCGUUAUCCCCGGCACCAAAAAGCGGCCCGUCCUCCUCGGCCAACUGACUGGCAAACUGACCGAGGGCACGAGCCAAAUAAGCGGAUUCCGCGAGGAUCGCAGGAACGUGGCCAAACCUGUCAAACCCUUGUAUUACGGGGCGUUUGGCAGCUACGCCCCCAGCUACGACUCGGCCUUCUCCAACUUGACGAAGGAGGAAAGCGACCUGGUUUAUCAGACGUACGGGUCGGACCUUGCGACCCAGUACGCGGAGUCGAUCCAGGAUUACGUUAAGGAUAGUGACUAUGCGACGCAUUUGGCGGACAGUUUGCUGGACCUGUUGACUGGCGGGGACCACAGCAAAACGAAAACGGUGCUGGAGGAGAACAAGAAGCUGAGACAGGAAGAGGAGGCCAUCAAGACUGUGCUCGAGGUCAAACCUAUUGAUGCUGUGAAGAUUAACGUGGACGAAUUGAAGAGUCUUCAAGAUCUUGGAAUCGACGUGAACUUCCUCGACCAAAUGGAGGAGGAGAUUCGGGUGGCCGAAGAACGACACGAGCUCCAACAAAGGCUGGAUUCCAUGGCGCAGCUGCUCGAAAAGCUGCAGAAAACCCAAUACCAACGGCUCUCCCAGCCGCCUCCCUUGCAUUUAAACAAUUGCCCGCCUCCCAACGACGAAGAAAUACAAAUUGCCGACAAUAUAACAGAAAAUUUGACUGGUAUAGCGAAACGGGUGCCACCAGGGGAAAUUGCAUCCGUUGGUGGGAUCAGGAAGGCAUUAGGCAUGGUGCAAGAAGUGGAGGUGGCUGAUCUGGAGAGUGAAUUGAGGCAAUUUUUGGAGAGUGAGCCCAAUUUAUCGCAGAGUCCUUUAAGGGAUGACGACAAAACUAUUGAGGAGAUUUUUAUGGAAUAAGUUUUGUAUUAAUUAGUGUUUUACCUUUGUAAGAUUGUAUAACAAAAAAUAUUUAACAACGA